UGCAAAUAAAACAAACCACACCUCUGUUAUCAGAUAUAUAAUGAUCGGGCACUGUCCAUCUGACACCCUUCAGCUGGAUCAUGGCUCUGAAAAUCAUCUCUGUGGUUCUUUUCACAGUCUUUUUCUCCGAAGCUGUGACACUGAUGUGCUAUAAAUGUACCACACCAGUUCCAUAUGGAACCUGCACAACAACUGCAAACUGUUCUCAGAAUGAACAGUGCAACUCCAUCACCAACACCACAUACCAUGGCACUGGUAGUAGCAAUAAGAUGUGCAGCGCCUCAUGUGCUAAUAGGAGCGUAAAUGUUGGAAUGCUGAGCUAUACCUCCCAAUGCUGUGCUUCAGAUCUCUGCAACAAUACUGCAGACUCAUCUAAUGGAAAGAUGUGUUACAUCUGCAUUGACACAAACUGUUCAACCAAUAGAACACUGGAUUGUAAAGGUGAUGAGGACAAGUGCAUCACUGGAACAGCUACAUUAAAUGGCGUCAAUACCACUUUGAAAGGAUGUGCAAGCAAAAACUUCUGUGACAAUUAUAAUGUAUUGGUAUUGAAUUUAAUUAAAAUAUAUAAUGUUUCAUGUCAUGAUGCAGGCCUGCGUAACAGUGCCCAGAGUCUGACACAGGGAGCUAUGCUGCUGCUGGUACCAAUACUUCACAUGCUUUUUUCCAUCUGUGAUCUGUUUUAUGAGGUUUUGUUAUAAAUGUGUAUGCUCUUUUUUUACGAAAUGUAAAGCCGUUUCAAGCAACACCUUUUAUGAUUAAUCGAGGGUAAUCCAUUUGUUUCAAAUACCUGUCUACUAUAAAGUGUGCUUUUGUAUUUUUAAUCAUCAAUAUACAAUAAAAAUGAAAUUACUUUAUUUGCAGUCUUAUUAAACACUAAUAUUUCUAUGACCAAAAUCCCCUGUCAUGUUCUUGUUAUGUGCACACUUUCACUGUCACAUGAGCUCAUACACUUUA